AGCCCUAGCCCCGCAGCCCCCCGCAGCCCGGCCAUGGCGGCGCCCCGCAGCGACAGCGAGAAGCGGAAGCAGAUCAGCGUGCGGGGCAUCGCGGGGCUGGGCGACGUGGCCGAGGUGCGGAAAAGCUUCAACCGGCACCUGCACUUCACGCUGGUCAAGGACCGCAACGUGGCCACCCCCCGCGACUACUUCUUCGCGCUGGCGCACGCGGUGCGGGACCACCUGGUGGGGCGCUGGAUCCGCACCCAGCAGUGCUACUACGAGCGGGACCCCAAGCGUAUUUAUUACCUGUCUCUGGAAUUCUACAUGGGCCGCACCCUGCAGAAUACAAUGGUGAACUUGGGUAUGCAGAAUGUCUGUGAUGAAGCCAUUUACCAGCUGGGUCUGGACUUGGAGGAGCUGGAAGAAAUCGAAGAAGAUGCUGGCCUGGGUAACGGAGGACUGGGUCGCCUGGCAGCUUGCUUCCUCGACUCCAUGGCGACGCUGGGGCUGGCAGCCUAUGGCUAUGGGAUCCGAUACGAAUUUGGCAUAUUUAAUCAGAAGAUUGUCGAUGGCUGGCAGGUGGAGGAAGCUGAUGAUUGGCUGCGCUAUGGCAACCCCUGGGAAAAAGCCCGUCCUGAGUAUAUGCUUCCUGUGCAUUUCUAUGGCCGAGUGGAGCACACUGCAGAGGGUGUGAAGUGGCUCGAUACUCAGGUAGUUCUUGCCAUGCCUUAUGAUACCCCCGUGCCAGGAUACAAGAACAACACCGUUAACACAAUGAGGCUGUGGUCUGCCAAAGCGCCCAAUGACUUCAACCUUCAGGAGUUUAAUGUGGGCGAUUAUAUUGAGGCUGUGUUGGAUCGAAACCUGGCAGAAAACAUCUCCCGAGUCCUGUAUCCGAAUGACAAUUUCUUCGAAGGGAAGGAGCUGCGGCUGAAGCAGGAAUACUUCGUGGUAGCCGCCACCCUGCAGGACAUCAUUCGCCGUUUCAAGUCUUCCAACUUCGGCUGCCGAGACCCGGUCAGGACAUGCUUCGAGACCUUCCCAGACAAGGUCGCCAUUCAGCUGAACGACACUCACCCAGCACUUUCAAUCCCGGAGCUGAUGCGGAUUCUGGUGGACGUGGAGAAAAUGGAGUGGGAGAAGGCCUGGGAGGUCACAAAGCGGACCUGCGCCUACACCAACCACACCGUGCUGCCCGAGGCCCUGGAGCGCUGGCCAGUCACCAUGUUCGAGAAGCUGCUGCCGCGCCACCUGGAGAUCAUUUAUACCAUCAACCAAAGACAUCUGGAUCAUGUGGCCGCCCUCUACCCCGGAGACCUAGACCGUCUGCGCAGGAUGUCCGUGAUUGAGGAAGGGGACUGCAAGAGGAUUAAUAUGGCCCACCUCUGUGUGAUCGGCUCCCACGCCGUCAAUGGGGUGGCCAGGAUUCACUCUGAAAUUGUGAAGAAUUCCGUAUUCAAAGAUUUCUAUGAGCUGGAACCAGAGAAAUUCCAGAACAAGACGAACGGCAUCACUCCGCGGCGCUGGCUCCUGCUGUGCAACCCAGGACUAGCAGGUGUAAUUGCUGAGAAAAUCGGAGAAGAUUUUGUAACGGAUCUGAGCCAGCUGAAGAAGUUACUGGAUUUUGUCGAUGACGAGGUGUUUAUCCGAGAUGUGGCCAAAGUCAAACAGGAGAACAAGCUCAAGUUCUCAGCCUACUUGGAGGAGAAGUACAAAGUGAAAAUCAACCCGUCCUCCAUGUUCGACGUGCACGUGAAGCGGAUUCACGAGUACAAGAGGCAGCUCCUCAACUGUCUGCACGUCAUCACCCUCUACAACCGCAUGAGAAAAGACCCAUCAAAGUCCUUUGUGCCAAGGACGGUGAUGAUUGGAGGAAAGGCAGCUCCCGGCUACCACAUGGCCAAAAUGAUUAUCAAACUGAUCACGUCCAUCGGGGAUGUUGUCAAUAAUGAUCCCUAUAUAGGAGAUAGACUCAAAGUCAUCUUCUUGGAGAACUACAGGGUGUCCUUUGCUGAGAAAGUGAUUCCCGCGGCCGAUCUGUCCCAGCAGAUCUCCACGGCCGGCACCGAGGCCUCGGGCACGGGGAACAUGAAGUUCAUGCUGAACGGUGCCCUCACCAUCGGGACAAUGGACGGGGCCAACGUGGAGAUGGUGGAGGAAGCCGGCAAGGAGAAUCUGUUCAUCUUUGGCAUGCAGGUGGAGGACGUGGAGGCGCUGGACAAGCGAGGGUACAAUGCUCGGGAAUACUACGAGCGCAUUCCAGAGCUGAGACAAGCCGUCGACCAGCUCAGCAGCGGCUUCUUCUCGCCUAAAGACCCUGGCUGCUUCCGGGAUGUUGUCAAUAUGUUGAUGAACCACGACAGAUUUAAAGUGUUUGCUGACUACCAGGCCUACAUGGAGUGCCAAGGCCGUGUUGACCAGCUGUACAGGAAGCCAAGAGAGUGGACUAAGAAGGUCAUCAAGAACAUUGCUUCCUCGGGGAAGUUUUCCAGUGACAGGACGAUCACCGAGUAUGCCAGAGAGAUCUGGGGUGUGGAGCCAUCAGCUGUAAAGAUCCCCCCACCUAAUGUCCCCAGGGAAUAAGCUAGGCACUAAAUGUGUGUCUGGUUGAUCCAGGCUUAAGGUGCUUCUGGUUUCCAGCUAGAUUUGCACAGAUGAACUUACACCAGUUGAGGGUUUGGAAUCUAUAAACCAGGGCAUUCGCCAGGGAGAAGAGGGUGCUUUUAAUAAGAGCACAGGGGGAGAUGUUGGCCAAAGCCUUGUGUGUGAAAACAAGUAAAGUAAAACAGAAGGAGCAGGAAACCUGCUUAGAACUGAAGCUAUUCUGUGUGUUACUCGUUUAGCCACCUUGCAUGUCCUGUACCGUGUUGAGUGAGCUAAUGGCUGCAUAGGCUUCCUGCAGUUACAUCCCAUGCUAGGCCAAGCACUUAGCGAAAGUCUCGUUUCCCCCUUCCGUAGAAAGGCUGCUCUAGUGUCUGUAGACUGGGUGAUCGCUGAACACCCUGCUCACGUGAUCUGCCAGCAUGGUCUGAGCCUGCCCAUACCUCCCACCCUGCCAGUCACUGCUAGGGACCUCACCCAGGUUCUUACACCUUCCAGCCAUGGUCAGAGCUGGGACACUGGUUACGUGAAGCGGGAGUGGAGCCAAAACACCUCUUUUUCCCUAUUAAUGUUUUAUGGCUAAAGGUAAAUGACUCCACCCUAGUGAGGGGGCUAGUUUUGCUGCAUUGGUUGAAGUAGGAUUAAACUCCACUAUCCAGCCGGCCUGUUUUAAUUAUCACAAAAUUAUAUUUAAACUGCCAAGCAGGAACCUUGCAGCCAGAGCUGCCCAACUCUGUGUGAGCCCAGCAGGGGCUUUCAGAGCCCACCUGAGCCCUAACCGGCUGGUUGCGUCUGCAUCUAGCAGCCCUGGGUGAGCUGGAGGGUGGGAUGUGUGAGAUUCAUGCUGAAAAUUGGCAGCUAAUGGACUUCAGCCAAGAUUGAAACCAGCCUCUUUCCUCACCAAGUGGGGGCCAGGGGUUUUGGGAGUUGCACUAAAGAGGGCACCUAAUUUGAAUUAAAAAGCAGCUUGCGGACAGCAAUUCAAUAUGGCGGUGCCUCCAAGCACAAGAUGGUGCCUUAGGGACCCAUAACCUCUCCAAGUGGUGUAUGUAGAGCUGUUAUGAAGGCAUGAGAGAUUGUAUUAGCCCUCAUCUACCAUGGGGGAACGCAGAACCGCUCUACCCACUGAGCAGGGAGAUGUACAGGACACUGCAAACCUGUGGAAAUGCUUCCUAUAGAAUUUUGGUUUAGUGAGGUCAAGCCCCCUGCAGCUGCCAGUUCACAGCUGAGCCUGGCUUGUGCUUUGUAAUGCAUCCGAGGCUCAUGCUCAUGAAAGGGCUCAAUGUUUCCUGAAGAAAUACUUGUAAACACUGUGCUUGUUUGAGAGCAGGGCGCUGUAUUUCUGAAGCAUGUGGAUCCUGCACAUGGCCUUGUGCCAUCCACCAUGCACAGGGGAAAGAGGAGCCCGUCAGCUUAGAGCUUCCCCCCUGCCCAGGCCAGCCUGAACCCAACACCUGUUUUUAUUGUUGGUACAGUUGUGGGCCCUGCAGUCAGGGACAAAGACUAACCAUCAGUUUCCCUCUGACAAAGGGCCCUGCAUUUACUGUGCUGGCCAUGGGCCCUCGCUGGUCACACUGACCCCUUCCUACACAGAACUGCUCCAUCCCCUUUUCUACCUGUCAGGCUAAGCUGUCUGUGUGACCUAGCCCCAGAAAGCGCCAUCGCCCGCCCUGGGGCAUUGGCUACUGACCAGCCCAUCAGCUAGCAGGCAAGUCACUACCCCCAUAACCCUUCAGUCUGCACACAGAGCUACGGGCCAGGACCAUGUAGCCCAUGGCAGAUGCCCCCAGCGUCUGAUGGGGAAAAGGCCUGGAAAGGUACAGACAGGAUCUAUGGCCAGGGGCCUCCACAGCCCAGGGCAGGAGCCUGGAAGGGCCUGAGCAUUAACAUCCCAGGGCCCCAUAGGGCCUACCAGCCACAGCUAGGCUUAGUCACUGCCCCUAUGUGGCUGGAGCUUGAAGCUCCUAGAAGUGGAAGGGACAGAUUCCUGCAUGGUGUCCCUCGGCCCAGCUCACACAGAGCAAGCCCAUCAGCACCGAGUGGUCUGAUACGAUGAUUUCAUUAUCCUCACCCAGCCUCCCACCUGUGCAUUUCCUAAGUGGAGUCAGGCAAAGCACAGACACUAGGAGGCUAAGAGUGAGGAUCUUGGCCCAGGAGCUGACAGCCAAAUACAGAAUUGCUGGGAAAUAUCAUCUGCCACAGCACAUUUGAAAUGAAGUGGAGUCCUGGCUCACCUGGCUUUGCUGUGUGCAUUGAUGCGUUAACAUCCUUUGCUCAUGGGCACAGAGAUGUGUAAGAGACUAAGCCUGUCACGUCUCAGCUAGGAAGGGGAUAUGCUUCCUGUGUACAGAAAAGGUGUGCAUGGAUAUCAAGUACAGCCUUGUUAUUUAAAUGAUCAGAAAGACCAACCCUUAAGUCCACAUAACAAUUUUUAACCGUCGUGUUGGUGCAGCCGUGUUAGACCCAGGAUUGUGGAGAGCGACGGUGAGAUAAUGACUUUUAAUGGAUCAACUGCUGUGGGUGAGAGACAUGAACUUUUGGGUGACACGGGCUGGAGAAGACCUGAAGAGCUCUGUAUAGCAUUAUCUCACUCACCUUGUGUCUCCCGGAUUUUUAAACACUGUCAAAUUUCUUGAAUACACAACAAUACUUCUGCUAAAGAAUGUACCGUAUAUCAUCAGCAUACAGCUGCUGAUCUAUAUCCUUUGUGUUUUGCAUUGAUCUGCUUGAGGAGGAGUACUUGCUGGAUUGUCCAUGUGUUACUGACAUUUCAUAGGCUGUGUUCCAUGAACUGGGAUAUUUGAACUGUAACAACAGAACACAAUUGCUAUCUUAGAAAUCAACUUGUACUGAGCAGGAAAGUGGAAGGUUUUGAACUUUGAGCAGCCCAGUUGCUUCUGUAUCUGCCUCUAACGGGACAUGCAAAUAGAUUUAGUGCAUUGUUUCAACAUGUUGGCACGAAGUAUGGCUAUUACUCUGUGUAGUAAAUCAGUGUUCCUCACCUGUGCAUUGGAAACUGAUAAAACAAUUGUAAUGCCCAGCUGGUUUUUGUUCAAAUCCUUGGUCUCUAGUACUGCUAGCCUCACAAUAAAAUAAACCUCAGAAAUUGA